AUGUGGCACUAUAGGACCUGCCAGUGCAGGCAAAGGCUGGUCAGCCUCUUCGGUCGUGCCUGUGACGUAGAGCUCGUCCCGUUCUCUGUUGCUGAAUGUGUUAGUUCAAACUGUGUGCAUUUUAUCGUCCAUGAGGCUAAUCAUGUUAGGAAGGAACAUCUGCACAGAUGCUCUCAGUGCAAGGUCGCUAAAUAUUGCGGUAAAUCCUGUCAGAAAGAAGCUUGGCAGGAUCACAAGCUUGCUGGCAGGAUUGUUUUUAAACUGCUUAGACGAUCAGCAUGCCUUUCAGAGAAACUCUACUCUUUUUCUGAUCUUCAGUCAAAUACUGAAAAGCUAAGUGAAGAAAUGAAAGAAGGCCUCAGGCACCUUGCACAGACAUUGCAAUUGUAUUUGAAAGCGGAGAUUCAGGAUGCCUCUCAGCUGCCACCUGCAAUUGACUUUUUUCAGAUCUUCACAAAAGUGACUUGUAACUGUUUCGCCAUCAGUAAUGGAGAGAUGCAGGAUGUUGGUGUUGGCCUGUAUCCCAGCAUGUCUUUACUGAAUCACAGUUGUGACCCAAACUGUGUGAUCAUUUUUGAAGGAUACCAGCUUUUACUUCGCUCCGUCCGAGAGAUCCAGAUUGGUGAAGAGCUCACCAUCAGCUAUAUUGAAUCACUGGUGCCCACCAGUGAACGCCAAAAGCACCUGAUGCGCCAGUAUUGCUUUGAAUGUGACUGUCUUCUCUGCCGGAAUCAAGACAAGGACACUGAGAAACUGGCAGGUGAAGAGCAUGCGUGGAAGGAAGUCAGAGAUGCUGUAAAUGGAGUGAGAUAUCCAAAAUCAAAAGAAGAGUGGGAACAGGUUUUGGCAACAUGCCAGAGUCUCUUAAGCAGCAAUGCAGGUCGGCUUCCAGACACAAAUAUCUAUCAGCUGAAAAUGCUUGACUGUGCCAUGGAUGCCUGUAUUAACCUUGGAUCCUGGGAAGAAGCUUUGAAUUAUGGCAGCAGGACUCUUGGACCAUACAGACUGUAUUAUCCUGGUUUUCAUCCACUGAGGGCCGUCCAGCUGAUGCGAGUGGGCAAGCUGCAGUAUAGCCAAGACAUGUUCCCUCAAGCCUUGGAGACCUUGAAACAGGCCUAUAACAUUAUGAAGGUGACCCAUGGAGCAGAUCACAGCCUGAUGCAAGCCUUGAUGGAACUAAAGGAACAGUGUGAGACUGUCAUGAGAGUGCAGUGAAGAAAAACUGCAGUCUGGAAAA